AUGGCACACCAAGCACAUGCAUACCACAUGGUUGACCCAAGCCCCUGACCGCUAACAGGCGCAGUCGCUGCCCUAUUAAUAACGUCAGGAUUGGCAAUUUGAUUUCACUUCCACUCUACCACUCUAAUAACACUAGGACUUAUUCUACUACUAUUAACAAUAUACCAAUGAUGACGAGAUAUUAUCCGGGAAGGGACUUUCCAAGGACAUCACACCCCUCCCGUACAAAAAGGCCUACGCUAUGGUAUAAUCCUAUUCAUUACAUCCGAAGUAUUCUUCUUUGCCGGAUUCUUCUGAGCCUUCUACCACUCAAGCCUCGCACCAACCCCAGAGUUAGGAGGAUGCUGACCACCCACCGGAAUCACCACCCUUGACCCAUUUGAAGUACCACUACUAAACACAGCCGUACUGCUCGCCUCAGGGGUCACAGUCACCUGAGCCCACCACAGCCUAAUAGAAGGCGAGCGCAAACAAGCCAUCCAAUCACUAACUCUAACCAUCGCACUAGGGUUUUACUUUACCCUCUUGCAAGCAAUAGAAUACUACGAAGCCCCCUUCACAAUUGCCGAUGGCGUAUACGGCUCAACUUUCUUCGUCGCCACAGGCUUCCACGGCCUACAUGUAAUUAUUGGCUCCACCUUCCUAGCUAUCUGCCUCCUACGACAGGUACAGUACCACUUCACAUCACAACACCAUUUCGGAUUCGAGGCUGCCGCCUGAUAUUGACACUUCGUCGACGUAGUCUGACUUUUCCUCUACGUAUCCAUCUACUGAUGAGGCUCAUA